AUGCCCCCUGGUGAACUCCCGGCCAGCCUGGUCGCAGGCAAACCCACCCCGACGGUGAACACCUCCGGCUAUGGAAGCAGCUAUCAGAAAAACACCCCAACUUCUCCCGAAGACAGCCUGAUCCCUUUCGACUCCCCCACUACCCGCACAGCAGGCAACAGCCCUCUGGGCCCAGAGGAUCGCUCUCCCCGUGGCCUGGAGCCGGAACAACCAGGUUUUCGGGAUCGAUCCAACAUUCGGGAUCGGUCACGUCCCAAUGGACGCACUCACAACAAGUCACCGGGCUCAUCCCGCUUGUGUCAAAAGUGUAAUGAGCCCCUCACGGGCCAGUUUGUCCGUGCUUUGGGUGGAACUUUCCAUCUUGAAUGUUUCAAAUGCGAGGAUUGCGGUGAAAUUGUUGCCUCAAAGUUCUUCCCCGUCGACUCCGAAGAUGGGAGCUGUCAAUUCCCACUCUGCGAGACGGAUUACUUUCGACGACUGAACCUGCUCUGCCACGAGUGCGGUGGGGCCCUUCGAGGCUCUUACAUCACUGCGCUAGAUCGCAAGUAUCACAUUGAGCAUUUCACCUGCUCAGUAUGUCCCACCGUCUUUGGUGCCCAGGAUUCAUACUAUGAGCAUGAGGGCAAGGUCUACUGUCAUUUUCACUACUCGACACAAUUUGCUCAGCGUUGCCAUGGCUGUCACACGGCGAUUCUCAAACAAUUCGUGGAGAUCUUCCGCAAUGGACAAAAUCAACACUGGCACCCUGAAUGUUACAUGAUUCAUAAAUUCUGGAAUGUACGACUAUCACCUACCGGGCAAACGUGGGAGCCGCCUCCUACGGGUGCGGAUGCCACCCCCGAAGAGCGUGAAAAUAUCCGAAAGGCAGAGGAUGUGAUGGAAGAAAAAGUCUACAAUAUUUGGAGCACGCUCUCUACCUUUGAAGAAUCAUCGGCUGCGUGCAUCUCUGAUAUGCUAUUGCACGUCAGUAACGGCGCUUACAUCGAUGGUGUCCUCGUAGCCAAGCGCUUCAUUGCCCACGUGGAGAUUCUGUUUGCUGCCGUUGAUGAAUUAGCUGCGUAUAUCAAAUCCCAUGGCGUCAAGGAAUUGUCAUAUGGCCGGGAGGCCAAAUUGCUUUGCAAGAAGAUCGUAGCUUUUUUCGCCCUACUCUCGAAGACACAAGAGACUGGGGUCCGGAAACUGGGGGUUACUCAAGAGUUACUGUCUUUGGUGACGGGCCUCGCCCAUUAUCUCAAGCUUCUUAUCCGCAUUGGCCUGCAGGGUGCCUUGAAGCUUGAGAGAGACCAAUCGGCGCCGGAUGGUCUGAACAAUUUCCUCGCUCAUCUCGCCAACCAGGAGUCCCUUGCACCGUUGGAAGAGGAUGAAAAUGCGCCUGUUGAUCUGAUGGCCGGAGUUGAGGGACUGGCUGACCAACUGUCCGACUGCUGCGCUACGUGCAAGGAACCCAUAGAUGAUGAAUGUGUUCGGUGCGGGGAUAACCGCUGGCAUAUCAAACCGCCUCAUGUGACAUGUUCCUCGUGUGAGAAGGAUUUGAGCUCUGACCUGCCAGAUGCAUUAUUCAAUGAAAGUGAUGGACGCAUCUAUUGCACCGCGUGUGCUCAUCAAAAUAACGUCAGUUCGACGGCACAGGCUGGUUUCGUUCAAGUUUCCAAACUACAGCAAUUUGUAUUCCUCUUGCGGGUCGCACUGGCUCGACUUUUGGCUGUUCUUCGUGCGGGGGUACUUUGCCUCACACAUCCGUAUGAGAAUAAGGAGGGAUAUCGCGCGCAGCCCGGCAUGGUCCGCCGGUCCAACACACGGUCUCAGUCGUAUAGCGGCUCUCGUGAAGGUAUGGAAGAGUCAUCAUUGGAGCAGACUGUCGGCGAAAUGCGUCGCCUACGCUCCAUUCGCAAUGAACGCACUCUUUCUACCACGUACAAGAAGGCUCGGGCAUCCCGGAUCAUUGAUGGCCCGGAAGGUAGAAGUGCUCGUCCGGGAUCUUCUGGAAAUGAUGGCAGUGAUCCUCGUGGUCCUGGAUUCCAAAUUGUUGAAGAAAGAGAUGCAAAUGGCGAGACCGUGAAAGACUUGACCUUUGGCACCCAGGAUGCCCUGACCCUGGAUGACAUCCCGCGCAUUGUUGCAGCUGAGCAGGCCAAGGAACAGCGGCCCAAUGCAUACCGACAUGCUGGUACCAAACUGAUUGAGGCUAAUGAAGGAAUGCCCAAGUAUAAGCCCGGCCAUCAACGUGGGGUCUCAAACAGUAACAUGGAUAUGCUUAUUGAUCCUACCAUUCGAAGCAAGCGGUACUUUUCGGAGCUUACGGCUUUGGAAUACUUUAUUGUCCGUCAUGUUGCUGUGUUGUCUAUGGAACCCCUACUUGAGGGCCAAUUCAACAUGGAGGAGCUGCUUUCCCUGAUUGAAUCGCGAAAGCCAACAAUCUGGAACAUAUUUGGACGUGCCUUCAAAGAUCCCAAGAAGGGUGGCAAGAAGAAGGGCGUCUUCGGUGUCAGCCUGGAUUACCUGGUAGAGAAGGAGGGAACUGAAUCGUCUCAUGGCGUUGGGCCUGGUGCAUUACGAAUCCCUGCGCUUGUAGACGAUGCAGUUUCUGCAAUGCGCCAGAUGGACAUGUCGGUUGAAGGUGUUUUCCGAAAGAAUGGCAAUAUUCGUCGACUCAAGGAUCUUGCCGAGUCAAUCGACACCAAGUAUGAGCAGGUGGAUUUAGCCAAGGAAAACCCUGUGCAAAUUGCAGCCCUUUUGAAGAAAUUCCUUCGUGAGAUGCCAGAUCCGCUCAUGACCUUCAAGCUGCAUCGCCUGUUUGUUACUGCACAAAAACUCCCCGAUCCUGAAAUACAAAAGCGAGUUCUGCAUCUCACCUGCUGCCUUUUGCCAAAGGCCCAUCGUGACACGAUGGAAGUCCUAUUCGCUUUCCUCAACUGGACGUCUUCUUUCUCGCACAUUGAUGAAGAGUCAGGCAGCAAAAUGGACAUUCAUAACCUGGCUACUGUUAUGACACCGAACAUUCUUUACCCCAACGCAAAGAACAGCACUGUGGAUGAGAGUUUCCUAGCUAUCGAGGCAGUCAAUGCGCUGAUCACGUAUAAUGAUACUAUGUGUGAGAUUCCGGAGGACUUGCAAUCUAUUCUCAGCGAUUCCACCCUCUUUAGGGAGAAUGCUGAAGUGACGACAAAGGAAAUUUUGAAGCGUUACGGUGAUAUUGCUCGAGGCAGCUUCUCGACAAGACCAGAUAAUGGCGGAGAGACCUUCACCAUUACCAGCUCCAACCGAAAUCAACAGAGCACCCCGACAUCUGCACGUAUCGAGACAGACCCAUCCCAGGAUGCCGCCUGGCAGAUGCAGAGUUCAGUUCGUCAUGUUCCCGGGCCUGGUGGAAGCCACUCUCAUUCCUCCAGCGCUACUCCCCAGGCUGGAUUGGACUUCGGCCCACAACCCGGCUUUCGCCGUGAGCGAAGCACUAGUAACGGCAGCCAACCCGCAUCGGAUAAUCAACAAUCCCUUCCUUAUCGGGCCCGUCCCAGCCCCGGGAUGGGUGUGACCGGUUAG